AUGGCGCAUAUAAUAUACACGUGUGGGACGGGUGGGGCACCGGUGCUCAAUGGCAUACUGUCGUGGAAGGGAUGGCAACCUAUUAGUAAACUCACUUACCAGGCUUGUCUCAUUCAUUUAUUGGAGUACAUAUCCGGGUCAGACAUGCCUCAGAUCAUAGCAGGGCAUGAUAUGGCAAGAAUUAAUUAA